CAUGACUUGUCUCCGCCUCCCAGCACCUCUCUGCGGCUGCGUCAGGAAGAGGCCAUCCGUCAAGUUGUUGAGGCUGCAGGAGGCUACGUACCACUAUUAUCAUUAUACCUUUUUCUGUUAUAUAUAUUGUUUUCACUCGGAUACAGAACCAUGAAUCCUGACAUUAUGAAAGAACGGCAAAACGCCACUUUUGACGUCGAGAAACUGACGCACAUUUUGAACGGGGGCGCUGAAAAGACCAAAAGACGCCGAGAAAUUGAGUCUAUGGUUAUGAGCGACCCGGACUUUAGGGAGCAGGACCCAAACUUCCUGUCUCGCAGUGAGCGCUAUGACCAGGCUGUUAGAAAAAGCGCCCAAAUGAUCUUGAAGCUCAGAGAGUACGGCAUUGCAGACCCAGAGGAGAUCUACUGCUAUAAGAAAAUGGUUCAAGGCCACCAUCAUGAAGCCUUGGGGCUACACUUUGUCAUGUUCCUCCCGACCCUGUACAGCCAGUGUGACCCUGAGCAGGCUAAGAAAUGGUUACCUCUGGCAGAGUCCUUCCAGGCCAUGGGCACAUAUGCCCAAACUGAGAUGGGUCACGGCACACACCUGAGGGGGCUGGAGACCACGGCCACAUAUGACCCAGCUACGCAGGAGUUUGUGUUAAACAGUCCCACCAUCAGCUCCAUCAAAUGGUGGCCUGGGGGACUUGGAAAGACUUCAAACCAUGCCAUAGUUCUGGCCCAGCUUUAUACACUGGGAAAUUUGCACGGCCUGCACGCUUUCAUCGUACCCAUCCGCGACAUGAACACACACGAGCCCCUGCCAGGUAUUGUGGUUGGAGAUAUCGGCCCCAAGUUUGGCUUUAACGAAGUUGACAACGGCUUCCUGAAGCUAGAGAACGUACGACUCCCACGGGAUAACAUGCUGAUGAAAUACGCCAAGGUGGAGCCAGAUGGGACCUAUGUGAAGCCUCCAAGUGCCAAGCUGACCUACGGCACCAUGGUGUUCAUCCGCUCCUUAAUCGUAGGCGAGUCAGCUCGGGCCCUCUCCAAAUCCUGCACCAUCGCCAUCCGCUACAGUUCUGUUCGACACCAGUCUGAGAUUCGGCCGGGAGAGCCAGAGCCUCAGAUCAUGGAUUACCAGACGCAGCAGUACAAGCUGUUCCCUCUGCUGGCUACGGCCUACGCCUUCACUUUUGUCGGCCAGUACAUGACAGAGACGUACCAACGUAUCAGUGGCGACAUCAACCAGGGGGACUUCAGUGAACUGCCUGAGCUCCAUGCCCUGUCAGCGGGUCUGAAGGCCUUCACCACAUGGUCAACAAACUCUGCCAUCGAGGUCUGCCGCAUGUCAUGUGGCGGCCACGGCUACUCUCGCAGCAGUGCCUUGCCGGACAUUUACGUCGAGUUCACCCCUACAUGCACCUACGAGGGAGAGAACACAGUCAUGAUGCUGCAGACUGCAAGAUACCUGGUGAAGAGCUACCGGCAGGCUAAGGCAGGACAGCGGUUGAGCGGCAUUGUGUCAUAUCUGAAUGAAGAUAAGCAUCAGAGGGUCCAGCCCCAGCCCGUCGCUGCCAGACCAACCGUUGUCGACGUAAACGACCUGGCCAGCCUGGUGGAGGUCUACAAGCAAAGAGCUGCCAUUCUAGUUGAGCUGGCAGCUAAGAGCAUUCAGCAGGAGUUGCAGUGCAGGAAGAGUCAAGAGGACGCCUGGAACAACAGUUCUAUUGACUUGGUCAGAGCCUCAGAUGCCCACUGUCACUAUGUCGUAGUAAAGCUCUUUACUGACAAGCUGGGGGAGGUCGGUGACACAGCGAUACACUCGGUGCUGUCCACCCUGGCUCUGCUGUACGCCCUGCAUGGCAUCACAAAAAACUCUGGAGACUUCCUACAGGCUGGACUGCUCAGUGUGCCCCAGGUGCUGCAGAUUUCUGUUCGUAUCAAGGAGCUGCUGUCUCAAGUGAGGCUCAACGCUGUGGCUCUGGUGGACGCCUUUGACAUCCACGACAAGAUGCUGAAUUCGGUCCUGGGACGAUAUGAUGGGAACGUGUAUGAGAACAUGUUCGAGUGGGCUCGCCGCUCACCCCUAAACUCCACAGAGGUCCAUGAAUCUUUCCACAAGUACCUGAAGCCCCUGCGGUCCAAACUGUGAGCUGACCUCCUUGAUUGCACCUUGAUUCCUGGCUGCGACCCUCCAACUGUGUAGAUAGAGGCACAACCUUAACCCCAUUAACCCCGUCAUAUCAAUCCCAUGAUGGUCAUCACUUUCCAUCAGCUGGCAUUUAAAGGAUUCUGAAGGAAUUUAGCAUUCCCUACUUUACUCUAUAUAUUUAUAUAAAGUCAGGUCGAACUACAAAAUCAGCCUCUCUACAUUUUGUGCCAUCUACAUCGUUAUCUUUGGUGAUGGGGAAAACCACAGUGGGCUGUUAAUGGGGUGGACAACCUAAACAAUUUGAAGAGAAUAUAAUUAUUGAGGAGAAUCAAAGCAAAACCUGAAUGAAAAUUCAAUCUAAACAAUCUCUAAUUGAAGUCAUUAUUUUUGAGAAAAUCAAUUUCUUUAAGAAUACUUAAAACAAUCAAGUAUUUGUAGUUUUAGAUGUUUUCUGCAGAGACGUUCCAUCGUGAAGUUUCUUUCCCCCCAUCUGUUCUUCACUUUCUGCGGUGUGCCUGAUGGCUCCUCUGUGUGAGCCAGCCAACAUGGAAAUACCAUCUCUCUUUUUCUUCUAACAAGAACAGAAUACUAUUCUGAACGUUACGUAAUGUUAGAGCGUUUUAUGUUGGGAACAAAGCAACUACAAAAUCAGUGUUGGUUGUUUCUCCUGACGACGAGGACCAGCAUCUUAUUUGAAGAGACAUUGUUAGUCAUAAUUGUUAUUGACAUGGCAUUAUUUUAUCCAUUACCUUUAUCAAUUGCUGUAGGCAUCAAGAAGGAAUUGCACCACAUUGAUGCAACUUUUCACAAAUGUGUGGCGACCCAACAUAAUGGUGUAAUAUGACUGACUUAAACAACAGUCAUAAUGUAGUUUGCAUUGGAUAAACGGACUAGAAAAUUAGAGCAGAGGUCCAACGGAAACAUCAAGUGAAUAUAUAAAAAUAAUCCCUCGUAAAUACUGUGACAACCAUAUUGAUAAGACUUCUGCAUAUACAUAAAGUUCAACUGUGCUUCAGAGCAGUAAGAAUUUGAAUUACUACGCCUUAAAAGCCACUGUCCUACAUUGUAUCAAAAAUGAUCCUCACAGCCUUAAUACUUCACCCAAAGUGUAUGCUUUUACAAUAAUAUGCUCCGCUUGAAAUGAUGUCCGUCACAAUGGUCUCCAUUGCUUAUAAGUUUUUAAAAGACGGAAAAGACGCUUAAAACCUUCCACUACUGUAUUUCAAGUUAAAACAAUCUGCCUUUACCUCACCACCUGUCACAUUUCUCGCUGUAUAAUGAAUAAAAUUGUCAUACUUUAACUUCACAGAUACAAGUGUGUAGGUACCUAACUGUUCUCCACUGAUAGAAGCUGAGCUCAAUAGAGUGCUGCAGGAAAUGAGUGAGAUCAUCCCAAAGUGGUUAAUUUCCUCUCCAGUAAGUCUUAGUAAAUCAUGCCACUGUCUCACAUACAUUGCCUCAUCAAUGGGCCUCUCUUCUCUCUAUAGUGCUACAGGGAUGACGUAUUUUUGUGGGCCAACCCGGGAGUUGGCAUCGCCCUGGUUCCCUGGACACUGAUGUAUUUCAUGUUGUAGAACAAGGCGUUAAAAUCUCUUAAACUUGUGGUAAUCACAGACCUUAUUUCGGGCACCUAACCAAAAAACCAUUAAAAAAACCCAUUGACUUACAGAUGAAUAAAACCGGAAGUGCAACAAUGCUAACUAAUUUACAAGUUUUAGGUUCUAAAUUCUUCCAUUUCUGAGAUAUAGCGUCUCUGUCGAGCCGUGUGUUCGACCAUCAGAAUGAAUGAUGACACUAUUCUGUGCAUCCACUUGCUUCUGAAUGUGUUUGUGGGACAGAAAGCCUUCUGUAGAUAAUGGUGAAGCAAUGUCGUGUAGAAUGCACCUGUGAGGAUCGAUAGUUUGAAUUUAUUGAGUGUUUAAUGACAUGCACUGAAUAUGUGGAUUAAUAUUCUCCCUCCCUGCUGUGUGGGGUUGAUUAUAUUAUAAAGAAGGGUAAAAGCCCAAGCCAACACCUAAUUGGAUUCUUUUUCUAGUUUUUAAUUGAGCACAUUUUAAGCUACAAGAUUUAAAUAAAUCCAUUGUUAAUAUGCUGCAAUGUUCAAAUACUGAUGACUGAAUCAUUCUGGUUCAUAUAUGAUGAAAUAUGUGCAAAGUGGAUCACUAUAAACUGACAUGUAAAACAUUUCAUAGAAUUGCUGGAUUUGUGCUCUUGGUUUACCUCAACCUGCAGUAGUGUAUUGUUGUCAUGGACUAAUCAAAUCCAGCAGUCUAAAUGGUAGAUACAGAGGCUGGUGAAUAGAGCGACUCCUAAUACUAUUUAAUGAGAUUUUAUAGUGACUGUAAUGACACGAUGAUGAAACGGAGAGGUUUCGUCUAAAGCCUCACUGAACUGUAAAGAUGAUUUUUGCGGUAAUUACGUGCCUGAGGAAGUUGUCUUUUCUUAAUGUAAUAAAUUGAGAAUGUUCUCACAAGGUUCAUAGUAUUUUAUUUCUGUAUUGGUAUGACUUUUAAUUUGUUAAUUUCUGCGAUUAUCAGUAUGUAAUAACUAAACUCUUUAAGUAUAUUUGUGUGAUAAUGUUUUAUUGAAUAAUAAUGAUUUUAAUGGUUGGUACAUAAUUUGACCUGUAAAUUAUAUUAAUAAAAAAACUAAAUAAUCAA